AUGGCACUCUUUGCCUACUUGGAGCAAGCAGAUGCUGAUGAGGUAGAGCUCAAAAAUGAGUGCCUACUGAGAGUCGGAUGGGCUGCUCUUGAAGGGCGUCGCGCUUUGGGCACCGACGAGCGCUCAUUUGGAUAUGGCGGAACGGGCAUGAAGUCCAACUGUGGCCGAUUUGAGCAACUUGAUCAUGAAUUGUGGACCAAGCUGGGCAAGACAAGCGGCCUCUUCGCAGCUGGUGCCUGGUCCGCUCGAGAAGAGAUCGCACGUCUGAUCGAGAGCGGUCCCCUCAUCCCUCCCUCUCCGAAACCGCGGGUGAAGGAGGAGUUUGAUGAGGAGCCAGGGACAUCAGCGGUUGAGCCGGAGUUGGAUCCCGGCAGGAUCACCAGACGGCUGGAUGAAGUUGGGAUCUUUGGGCAGUUCUCCAAAAGAGCAGAUCGACCGCAAGAGUCCGAGGCCACAACCUCUCGUGUGGCGCCGUAUGUGCCUUUGGGCCUUCCUCGCAGGAGUCGUCCACUGGAAGAGGCUAAGCUUGAGGAGUUCCGAAAGAUUGCAACUAACCUGUUCGAGGAGCUUGUACUCCACGAGGUGGAAAUGGACCUGCUUGGUAUGCUCGGCUCCUGGGAAGAUUUGUACCUCCGCGAAUCUCAGAUAUUGGUUCUGAAGGCGCAGAUUGAGGUGCUAGACCAAAUUCGCCGCGGGGCGGUGAUUCAAACCCUGGAGGGCCGGGAGCUUGACAGUAUGCGACAGCCCGACUGGGCCACGGUCGAAACCCUCACCGAGGAGGAUAGGGAGAUUUUUGGUGAGAUCCUGAAGUAUCCUGAAGCGGGUUUUCGGAAGGAGCAGAAGCAGUGGACUCGCGAGAAGCGCAAGCAGGAAGAAGAGCGCAAGAAGGACAAAGAAGGAAGGGAGGCCAAGAAGAAGUAUGGCGAAGUCUUUGAAGCGCAGACGGGUGCAGUGGUGACGUGUUUGUUAGAUCGCCGAGAGCCCCGCCGCUCCAGCAUAAGCUAUUGCUUGAAUGGCCGCUCUUUGGGUGUAGCCUUUAGAUUGCCGCCAUGGUUGGCUGAUGUCCCGCUUUUCCCAGCGAUUUGCGGUCGCGAGGACUGGAAGGCCAUUUGUCGCUUUCAAGAUCUGCGCUUCCCGCAUGGUGGCUUUUCGUGCCUGGAAGAAGCAAACCGUGGCCAUGUGGCAGAUGAUGGGGGUGCUGCCAGCGCUGCGGCAGCUGUGUUUGCAGCAGCCCCGUUUGUGGAGGAGCGAGAACUCAAGCAGCUGGACGUGCCAGAUGAGAAUUUAGUGGAGCUGCGUUCGGCAGGGGAUGAUGGCAUUGACGAGAGGGAGUUGAAAUCGUGGCUCAUUCACGAGUACGGAAUUAGUAGUGCUGACUUCCAUGCUGAGUUUGCCGAGAAGAUGUGCAUCGCAGUCUUGGCUUUCACAAGCCAUCGAGUCGCGCGCAGUAUGUUACACGCACCACCACCAGGUCUUCAAGUUAGCUUGAGGCCAGCCUUCAGCGAGGAGGCGCAGAAGAUUUUGGCGCUGCGGAGACCUGACAAGGCGGCCACAACCGAUGUAGUCGCCAGGCGACUCAUUGCAGGUGCCUUGGAUGGGGAUGUCAAGCUGACCAAAGAGCAGCUGCGUCAGAUCCGAGUGAAGAAAUCAAAUACCAACAGCGUGUCCAACCGGAAAGUGCCACCUGCUCCGAAGAUGCCAACGCUGGAGACAGACACUGAGUCUGGGUCCAGUUCCGAUCAGAUGUCUCAGGCGAGUGCAGCUAUCUACCGACGGCACACAUAUUUGGAUGGUACUUUGUCCUUUCCAUGUCCAAGAAGCAAGAUAUUGCAUAAACGGGUGGUACAGUCGCCCUACUUGAGAAUCAAGAAGCAACAGCAGAUUACGGUAUUUUGCAUUUUGCACAUCCAGCUAGUCUUUGCGCUGUGCGUGUAUGUGGUGAACCCUGUUCUCGGCGCAGCAAGCGGGGCAGGCAGUGCCAGCUGCAAAGCGGGCUGCAAAGCCUGCAGCUGCAGAGCCAGCGGCUGCAGAGCCGGCGCUGCCUGCGAAGAGACAGGGUGA